ACUCGUUAUCAUCGGCCAUCUACAUUUCCUUUUUUCUAGUCAUUCAUAAUGGCUUAGUUCUUUCUACAUUAACCAGUUCAAAGUCAACCACAUUUACAAAUGCUUGUGUAGUUUACAAGUGUCAUAGUAUUACGAAAUAUGGCUUAAUUAAAACUAUUUUCUACGUUGAAUCAAAAAAUUUACAUGUAUUGAAGAUCCAGUCGUUACAAAAUCCUUAUUAUGAUACUUUAACUAUCAACUCCAAAACUUACACGAAUGAACAUAUAAUAUUCGGUCGUAUAUCAGAUGACGUAUUUGACUAUGUCUUUGCUACUGAUAUUAUCGAAAAAUGUUGUUUUCAUAAAAGCGAUAGAUUGUGCUACUUCGCUCGUUUCCCCAAUCUAUACGAAUCAUCAUGA